GACUAUGAAAGUUCCGCCCGACACGAAAACAAGCAUCACGGACUGAACUAAGGAUUUAUAGCAGGCCUGGAGCUCCUGGUUGCUGAUCAUGGAGUCACUGAACACGUUUGAAUCAGAUAUGGAGCCUGAUGAACAGGGCAGCUACUCCCUGUUUCCUGCUUUGGACAGCAUAGCUGGUCUUUCUGGGGCUGCCGAGACUCUGGACAGUGAACCACCCAGUGAAAUGGCAGAGAAACCAAACCUGACGUGGCUCGAUGCAGCUCAGAUCGUCUUGGAGGAAGCCGGACGUCCCAUGCACAUCAAGGAGAUCAAACAGAGAAUCAUCGACCGGGGACUUGUUCAGUCAAACGCCAAGUCGAGCCUGGAGGCUGUCAUGUACCGUGAGACACAAAAAGGCAGCAGGCGUUUCAAGAGGAUUGAAAACAGAAAUGGAGUCUUUGCAUUACUGACCGGUGAGGAGCGGCAGCAGGCCCUGCAGGCCUUCACCGCUCAGGCUUUCCUCACCUCGCCCUCAGCGAGCACCGCCUCCGGUGCCUCGGCGCCGGCCUUCCCGGCUCCCAGCGGCUCCUCCGAGCAGAAACCCAAGACGAAGAGAGGCGCGCGAAAAACCCAGAAGGAGAAGUACCGGCUGAAGUACCUGCGGCUGCGCAAAGCUGCUCGAGCCAUGAUAUUUGAGAACGCCGCUCUGUGUGACGAAGUUGCUCACGUGGAGGCGAAGUUUCUGAGAGCGAAGGAGGAGCGCAGGUUCUUGCUGAAGACCCUGUUACAGUACCAGUCCGUUUCAGAGGGGGAGGUGCUGCCAGCACCCAGCUCCCUCCCCCCGGUGCCGCCGGUGUCCCUAACCUCAGGUUCUGCAGGGCCUUCUGGACUCUCUGUGCCCCUCAACCUGGCGUCAGCGGCGUCAACGGGAGAGGAAGGACUGCUCAAGAAACCCAAGAAGGAAAGGAGAGAACGAGGGAAGGAGAACGGGAAGGAAGAACCUCCAAAGAAGACGUCGAAGAAGAGGAAGCUGGCAGACGGUUCGCGGAGGCUGGUGCAGCCCAUCCCUCUGGACUCGUCGGGUCGUCCCGUCUUCCCCAUUGUUCUGGGAGGUUUAACGGUCUACAGCCUGGGAGAGAUCAUCACAGACAGGAUGCUGUUCAACGACGAGUGCGCCAUCUACCCCGUAGGUUUCUGCAGCACCCGGGUCUUUGCCGGCAUGAAGAACCCCGAGCAGCAGUGCCUGUACACCUGUCAGAUCAAAGACGGGGGGGCGGGACCACAGUUUGAGAUCGUUCCUGAAGACGACCCUCAGAACGCCAUCGUGGCCUCCUCCGCCCUGAUGUGCCACUCCAACCUGCUGAAGGCCAUCGCCUCCAGCAGCUCAAAGACGGUGGUGCCCGUCGUGCCAUCGGGGGCGGACUUCUUUGGCUUCUCUCACCCGACCAUCCAAAACCUGAUCCAGAGUUGUCCUGGAGCUCGCAAAUGUAGCAACUACAGGUGGGUUCGUUUUGAGGUGUGCCGUCCCGGGGAUGCUCAGGUCCCUCUCAGCUUGUCGGACGACGAUGCCUCGAUUAACUUCGAAGCCUACCAGAGACACCAGGCCCCGGGCGGCAGCAGCAGGAUGGAGCACGGCCCGGGUGUUGGUGCUGCUUUGUUCUGUUUCAACAGUUCAUGAAUCACAACGUUCAGCUCAUUCACCACAUUCCUGCUGACAAACUGCCAUCUCCUGGUUCCUCUCAUCAGCACCAGCUGACCUCCAACCAUGAAGCCCUCCAACCUCCUGCUUCAGCUCCUGAGGUUCUUCGAAUCCCCCAAAAACACACAAAGUCCUGUCUUCUUCACCAGUUUCCUCCUCUUCCUCAGAAGUCUGAGGUAUUUGUUUAGAUAAAUAAAUGACUUAUGUCGGAAGGCUCAAUCAGAGGACGUCACCGUGCGU